AUGUAUAAAUGCUUCUUUGGCGAAUCGAAAAAGGAAAUCGAGGAAAUCUGUCUUAAGGACAAAAUACUGGACUCGUGGGCAUCUCCUGAAUUAAAGAAGAAACUUCUGAGUAAAGAGCACUCCCUAGACGAGAUUAUUGAGGCGUGUCAAGUCGAGGAGCAAAUUAACAAACAAGCCGAAGCCAUGCAGAAGCCAACCGUUGAGGCAAUAAACAAAAUUGUGGCUCGUAAAGCAAAACCGGGAGUGGAAUGUUCUAGGUGUGGUCGGAUGGGUCAUGGCAAUAGUGAUCCAGUUUGCCCGGCGCGACUCGCCAAAUGCAAUAAAUGCUCGAAAAUAGGGCAUUUUGCACGCAAAUGCAAGUCGAAACAAUAUCCUCAGCCUAAAAAUGGAAACCUCAAGCGUCGACUAGAUGACGAUUGUGCUGGAGAGGGUCGACCUGAUUUCAAAAGGAAGAAGGAAAGCUCGAAUUGCUUUAGAAUAUGCAGCGACGAGGAAGAAGAGCUUAUCAGCUGCAAAAUUGGAGGCCAAGAAGUUUCUCUUAUUAUCGAUUCUGGUUCGCGAUUCAACCUCAUCAGCCAUAUAGACUGGGAAACACUGAAAAGGAAAAACCCGGCGGUGUUUAAUGUGAGAUCACAUUCACAAAAACAAUUCCGAGGAUAUGCUUCUGAUCAAUUACUAGAAGUAAUUUGUGUUUUUGAAGCACCGAUAUCAGCGGUACCAGAUGUCGAGGUGAUUGCUACAUUUUUUGUUAUUAAAAAUGGACGACAGUCAUUACUGGGGCGUGAGACAGCCAUAAAGCUAAAUGUUCUUCGUCUUGGCCUAAGUGUCAAUCGGGUUGAAACGACCGCACCAUUUCCCAAAUGGAAAGGUGUCGAAAUAAAGCUGUGCAUUGAUCCACAAAUCAAGCCUGUUCAGCAGCCGGUGCGGAGGAUCCCAGUGGCACUUGAAGAUAAAGUUGCAGCGAAGCUGGAUGAAGCUUUGAGGCGAGACAUUAUUGAAUCUGUUACGAGUCCGAGUCGAUGGAUCUCCCCAAUUGUCCUGGCGUUUAAGGAGAAUGGCGAUAUUCGACUCUGCGUGGAUAUGCGUCUGGCGAACAAGGCAAUUCGUCGAGAAAUGUAUCCAUUACCGACAUUUGAAUCUUUUAUGACCAAACUUAAAGGUGCACGAUUCUUUCGCGCUUAG